UAAGGAUUCCGCUACCACCUUCGUUGACCGCACCCGUCGAGGAGGUGAUCAUGUUGAUUUGAUGUUGCAUUGUUUGAGAGUGCGAAUUAGAAGACCACUAUGUAGUUCAUUAGAAAUAAACUUUAAUAUUUGCCUAUGAUUCGAACAUCUUGAUUUUUGUUAAACUCAUGUUUUGGUAGAUAGCCUUAGCAUCCAAUCAUUCACGGAUUGGAUGUGGCGGUGACAUGCCCCUUUUUCCUUAGUUUUUAUUAAUUUCCGCUGCAACCUUUUGAAGGUUUAAUUAUUAAAUAAAAGUUCAUCUCUAUUUCAAAGAAUUAUUUUGGUGGAAAAUUUGGGGGUGUCACACCAGCCCAUGGCACUUGGUUUUCAGUCAAGUAAACCCAGGAAUACGGGCAGUACCUAUCCCGGCUUUUACGAGCUGAUUAGGAGUCAGGUACGCUGUAAUGUUGCAAGUUUUGGCCUCCUCCACUGCAAAAACAUCCUUACAGAUCGUCUUGGUAAGAACCAGAUCUGGUGAUUUACGAGGAAAGGCAUUCUACCUAUUCGGAAUCAGAUUAUCCGGGACUGAAACGAAGAAAACCUGGUCUUUCCAUCCCUUGAUUGAAGUUAGGUUACCCUUGAAUAAUAUAUGUCCCAUUCGAGCGGUUGUAGCCAAAUACCCGUGAGUCUGCUGAGGGGCCACUUUAAAAUAUUGAUGAAACAGAUCCAAACUGGGCGUAACCUUGACAUCUACACAACGGCAAAUGAAGCCGGUCAUCACCUGAUAGGAGUUCGGCAUGAUUUGGGCCGGUACUACGUCAUAAAAAUUGAAGAAAGACACGAAGAAUGGGUGCAAAGGAAACCUAAGCCCAGCUUUCACCGAGUCUAAAUGAACCACCACCAUCCCAGGGAGGUGGCGCAUUGGGUGAAGCCCAGCCCGAAGACGGGAAUCCACCGGGUCUGGAAUUAGGGCUGGAAGUUGAGCCCUAUUGUGAGAAGUCAAUUUCCGCCUCCUCUCCCUGAUUAACCUUAAAUCCACCCUAUAGCGAGGGACAUCGCCCGAGGGACCAGCCGCCAUUGAAGCAAGUUCAUCGCCAGACAUCGUGGCAUCAGAAUCCUCACCGGAAGGGUUAGACUCACCUGAGGAACCUUCCUCAGCCGCCCCCGCUAUCGCAUUACUGGUGACAUCAGCAAAAGGGACUUCUAUGGCGUCCGGUACAACGGCGUCAUGGGUUCCCCCUCGAGAAGUGGGCCCUGAAUCCGAACCAGAAGAAGAUGGUCGAGAUGACAUGAUGUACCAAACGCGAAGUGAAAGAAAUAAAGGGGGGGGGGGGUAGAAAGUACAUGAACACUCGAAAAAUUGUUGAGUCCUAGAGAGAAGGCAGAGCUAAAGCACGAAGGAUAUGAGAAUUCGAAACCCAUAACCAAGGAACUAAGGCAUAUUUAUAGCCCGACAAGCGCCAUUUCGUCGACCAACCAGAUAAAGACACGUCACCAGGAGCGUUUGAGGAAACACGUGUCACACAGGAAAAUAAAGGACAGUAAUCAUGACGAUUAUGGAAAAUUGAAAUGACAACCACAAGUAGGCCGUUACAUCAAGACAUCGGGAACCGACGAGAUCUGUAUACCGAUCGAAAAUCGGUGUAAAUUUUCUACUUCCGUAUGCACUCAGUACCAUUCGAGACAUCGGAAGUGGGGGACUUGUGUUGGGAUAUUGGACCGAAGGCCCAAUACCCUGGCCAAAGGCCCAAAAUAAUGAAAUAUCCAGUCCAAUAAUUAACCCGGAAUCCAGACGAAGAAUGGCCCAGUGAGGUAUAUGCCUCGAACGGGAAUCGGGUCAACCAGGGUACUUUGGGCCAGAUCAAGGAUGUGUUCGGCUUGGUCCAUGACUCCGUUCGGGCAACGGACAACUUGCAAGUGGUAAGGUGCAUUAAAUGCUAGAGUAUGACAUCAACAAGUGGGAGCAUGGGUGUUCAAGUGGCUGGAUUAGCAACCAAUCAUCAUAGAGCACCCCAUACCCCCAUUAGUAUAAAUAUAGGGAUUAAUAUCAUUGUAAAGGGUUAGCAUUUUGAUACUCAAGGCCUGGAAUAGCUUUAUUACUCUUGUUCUUGUAUUAAUCACUAUUCCGACGCACCGUUCGGGAAGUUUCCUGUGUAAUCAGCGAAUUGUUUAAAUACAAGUGGGCUUUGAGCAUAUUAUUACUUAGCUUUUAUAUUUUGUUAUACCCUCAAUUUAUUACCCAUAUCCUGAAAUAUCCAAAGCGUGUGUUGGCUUUCGGAUCUACGGGACUUAACCUCAAUAUAUAUAUAUAUAUAUAUAUAUAUAUAUAUAUAUAUAUAUAUAUAGGGGUGAGAUCACAUACAAACCAUGCUUAACUUACUAACCUACAAACCUAAUGUUGAGGGUAAAUCCCGUAGAUCCGAAAGCCCAACACGAACUUUGGAUAUAUCAGGAAUGGCACAGAAUCAAGGUGUGUAAAAAAUAUAAGAUCUGAACUAACUAACACUCGAAAGCUCACUUGUAUUAAUUAACCAAUCUGAUUACAAGGAAUUUCCCGAUCGGUAGGUCGGAAACUAUGCCUUAAUACAAGAAAUAAGAGCAAUGAUGCUAUUCUAGAGCCUGAGUAUUGAAAUGCUAACCCUUACAAUGACUUGAAACCUUCUAUUUAUACUAAUGGAGAGCAUGGGCUGCCCCAUGCUGAUUGGCCGUUGUUCCACCGAUUUGGUCAUCCAUACUUCCACUUGCUGAUGUCAUAGUCUGGCAUUAAUUGCACCUGGCCACUUGCUGGUUGGCCGUUGCUCGAACGGGAUAUUGGGCUGUACUGAAGAUGCUGUCAAAUUGGCCCAAGUAUGAUAUAUAGCCCGAACCCCGUUCGGUAUGUCUUCUUACUGGGCCAACCUUUAUUUGGGCCGAACUCCGUUCGGUAUGUCUUCUUACUGGAUCUAUUCAUCAUAGAGUGAUGGGCCCGUUGCUUGGGCCGGAUAUCUUGGGCCUUCUCGAUCUGGGUAUUGGGCCUCUAGGUCAAUAUCCCAACACAAGUCCCCCACUUCCGAUGUCUCGAACGAUAGUGAGUGCAUUAGGAAGUAUAUCAAUGUUAUAAUACCCCGAAUGGCGAUCGGGGUACAGAAGUAAUCAGUUCCCCAUGCUGCGAUUUGACGGCUGCCGCUUCAUUUCCCAUAUUCAUCAUGAUAACCGUCGUUUAGUCUUUUCAUUAAACACAUGUUUAGCUUAAAUGCCCCCUGUGACAUGUCACUCUCUGAUUGGUUCUUGACACGGCAGUUUCAAGGCUAUAAAUUAGCCUUUAACUUCUCAAUUCCGGGUUUCGAUUAUGCAAUUCUCUGCGCCUUGUUGAUUCCCCUGCAAUUUUCUCCCAGCUUCCAUCGCUCAGGUAACUUCUCAAAUCCGGAUUCCCUAUCUUCAUUUCUGGCUCGACCGAGAUGAGCCCCAAACAGCAUUCCCCUGAUUCGGAGAUGACCGUGACGCCGCUAUUGUGGACGUCAUCACAGUCCCGUUUGCAGGUGGUUCUAGUGAAACGGCGACGAAUACCAGGGCUGAGGCGGAGGACCUUCCUAGCACUUCUUCUUCCUCCAGUGAAGAUUCCGACGACACCAAAUCCGAGGACGAAAUAGCCUCCAUGGCGGCUGGACGUCCCAACGAUUUUCCUCGCCGUACCCUUGACCUAAAAUUGAUUAGGGAGAGGCGGCAAAAGCUGACCUCCCAUAAUAGGGCCGAAAUUCCGGCCCUUAUCCUUGACCCGGUGGACUUCCGUUUGCAAGCUGGGCUUCACCCAAUGCGUCAUAGGCCCGGAAUGACCAUAGUUCAUUUUGACUCAAUUAGGGCCGGCCUUAGGUUUCCGCUACACCCCUUUUACAUUUCAUUCUUCAAUUUCUACGAAGUCGUACCGACCCAAAUUAUGCCGAACUCCUAUCGGGCAAUGGCGGGUUUUAUUUGCCGUUGUAAAGAUGCCGGCGCCCGACCAACCCUAGAACUCUUCCACCAAUUUUUCAAGGUAGCCCCCCAACAAACCCACGGCUAUCUGGCCACUAGUGCCCGAACGAGACACAUCAUGUUCAAGGGAAACCCAACUUCAAUCAAAGGGUGGAAAGACCGGGUUUUCUUCGUGUCUGUCCCGGACGGCCUAAUUCCCCGCAAAUGGAAUGCCUUCCCCCGCAAGACUCCUGAUCCUGUCCUCACUGAAGAAAUUUACAAGGACGUGCUUGCUGUGGAGAAGGAUAAAUGCAUGGACAUCAUGAGUUAUCUGACUCCCGAACGACUUAUUACAGCCGGGAUAGGUACUGCCCGUUCUCUUGGGUUUACUUGUUUUGAGAAACCAAGUGCCAUGGUCCGGGCGGUCCUUCCCGUGCGAGAAACGUUCUUUUGUUCUUUUUUCUAGUUUCUCACACGCUAAGGCCGCUCGAUACUAACAUUGCCCUUUGUCUUUUUUUAAGCACCAAACCCAGAUCUACCUAUGGAUGAUAGCAUAGUUAUCGCAGUCGGUGGGGCCGGUAAACGGAAAAAAUCCAGGAAGAACCCCCAACCUACUCCCUCCAUUGUUCCUGCUCAGGAUGCUGCCUCUUCUCAACCGCUUCCAGAGCCACAGCCAAUACAGCAGGUCCAUCAGGACCAAUUCGAGGCCAUGCUGGUCGACGAUCGGUUCGGCUCUGACCAACUGCAUCAGUUCUCUCAGCACUUUGACUCCGUUCGAGGGGAACCCUCGAAUGCAGGUGAGACCCAUACCGACCAUAUUACUGGUCAGGUCGAGCGGAUCUCCUUAUCUGAUCCUUUCCACGAGGUAUUAGAAAGGGCUGGUUCUACCGCGAGCCAGAUCUGGUCAACCUCCUCAUGGUUCAACAAUUUUUCCCUUCCUCAGUUGCCGGUCGAGCAAUCUGAAGAAUGCCUGGCCUUGACCGCUCUGAAGAUGGGUUUGUACACCCUUCAAAUGCGGGAAGCCCGUCUGGCCAAGGAACAGGAACUGAUUGUUGCUCAAUCUUCUGCUGAGCAAAAUGCUGCCGCCGCCAUUACCUCUCUGGAGGCUGAACGGAAGGCCUUUGCGGAGGAGAAGCAGAGGCUGGAUGCUGAACUCGGUACCCUUCGGGUUCAACUUGCAGCUUCCCAGGCUAAGGUCCUUGCCGCUGAGGCCGCACAGGUCAAGUUUGAAGAAAUGCCAUCCAGCAUCCCGGACGGUCCCUAUGAAGUGAAUGUGGAUCUGUCCGCCGUCCGGGAAACAUUUAAAUCCUCGAUGAAUUCUCCAUCAUCAAGGAUGAUCACGCAAGGACCCAAAUCCCGUUCGCCUUUGGGGCGUACUUGAAGGGUUUCCCCAAAGGUGCUGGUCGGCUAUCGGCAGGGGUGGCCCUCUUGGACAAGGAUCCCGGGGCCAAAAAAUGGAACGACUCCAUUGUUACAGACCUUUAUGGCAAAAUUGGCCAGGUCCUACUGCGUCCCUUCGUUGCUCAGCUUCAAAAUAAUCUGGGGAGGCCGGUUCAGGCUUCUGAUCUUCCCAAAGAUGACAUUAUACAGGCUCAGUUCGAGAAAUUUCUGCGAGCUCAGCAACGAGAAGCUGAUCGGGCUGCUGGGAGAGAGCCUGAACCCCCGUCUGAUGAUGAUGAGGACGAGGACGAAGAGGGAGAUGAAAUGGCCCCUGGCCAGUAAUCUAUAUGUACUUUUUAAUUACUUGUUGUAAUUUUCUUUUCUCUAAGUAGCUUGUACUUCCCGGUCAGUAGAACCGAUGAAUAUAUAUCCC